GCAGCCACAAACCCUCCUGCCCUCGGGCCGGGGCGGGAGAGAGGCGACAUCACUGCUGCUUUCCCAUCUCUCCUCCUUUCCUUCUUCCUUUCUGCCUCUCCUUCCUCCUGGCCGCUGGGGGAGAGGUGGCUGGCUGGGGAGGUGGCCACAGUCUCUCUCUUGCUGUGCUAUGGUAAUAAUUGUCCCUUCCCGCCCCCCCGCCCAGCCUUCCUCCCCAUCUGCUUUCUCCUCCUCCCGUUUGGUUCCAGGCCGGCAGCAGACCGACUGCAUCAUUUUUUGCACAGGCUGCCGCAGCAGCACCAGCAGCGGGGAGAGCGGGAGCAGGGGGAGAGUCCAGAGCCUGCAGUGAAGCUGCCCUCGAGACAUGGCGGAUCGGUGCCUCUGAGGAAGCAAAAAACUCCCCAAGCCGCCUCCGCUCCCAGCCCCGGUUCGCCGGGCUGCGGCUGACCGGGCCAAGGAGAAGGAGCGGAGCGGCCCGAGGACAAAUGGUGCUGCAGCCUUUGCUUUGAUUUCCUCCCCUUCUUCUCCAUGUUGCGCCUCUCUUCGGCGCUUCAGGCCGCGUAGCCGCUGCUGCUAGCAGGAGCAUCCAGGGACAGUGCCAGGCAGCCCUCCCUGCCCCCCCCCCACCCCCUCUCCAUCUGUCUGUCCGGCCAGCCGGCCACAGGGGCUAUGGCUGCGGAAGAGGUAUUGCAGGCAGUGGAUCACUACCAGACCGAGAUCGAAAGGCUGACUAAGGAGCUCACCGAAACAACCCGCGAAAAGAUCCAGGCCGCUGAAUAUGGGCUGGUGGUGCUGGAGGAAAAACUCACCCUGAAGCAGCAGUAUGACGAGCUGGAGGCUGACUACGAUUGCCUUAAACAGGAGCUGGAGCAGCUGAGGGAGGCAUUUGGACAAUCAUUCUCAAUCCACCGCAAAGUGGCUGAAGAUGGUGAAACACGUGAAGAGACUCUCCUGCAGGAGUCUGCAUCAAAGGAAGCUUAUUACCUAGGGAAGAUCUUGGAGAUGCAAAAUGAGCUGAAACAGAGCAGGGCAGUGGUUACCAAGGUUCAAGCAGAGAAUGAGAGGCUUACUGCUAUUGUCCACGACCUGAAAGAGAAUAACGAAAUGGCAGAGUUGCAGAGGAUACGGAUGAAAGAUGAAAUUCGAGAAUACAAGUUCCGAGAGGCAAGACUUCUUCAGGAUUAUACUGAGCUUGAAGAAGAAAAUAUCACUUUGCAAAAACUGGUGUCCACACUGAAACAGAACCAAGUUGAAUAUGAAGGUUUAAAGCAUGAGAUUAAACGAUUUGAGGAGGAGACAGUAUUGCUUAAUAGCCAGCUAGAAGAUGCCAUCCGACUGAAGGAGAUUGCCGAACAUCAGCUGGAGGAAGCCCUGGAGACUUUAAAAAAUGAAAGGGAGCAAAAGAACAAUCUGAGGAAAGAACUCUCCCAGUAUAUCAACCUCAAUGAUAGUAUGUACAGUAACCACAUUAAUAUAUCAGUAGAUGGAUUAAAGUUUGCAGAGGAUGGUAGCGAACCUAAUAAUGAUGACAAAAUGAAUGGGCACAUCCAUGGGCCUCUUGUGAAACUGACUGGAGAUUACCGGACUCCUGCAGUUAGGAAAGGAGAAUCUCUGCACCCAGUCUCUGAUCUCUUCAGUGAGCUCAACAUAUCAGAAAUGCAGAAAUUGAAGCAGCAACUUGUGCAGGUGGAGAGAGAAAAAGCUAUUCUCCUGGCCAACCUUCAGGAGUCCCAGACGCAGCUAGAACACACAAAGGGAGCCCUGACAGAGCAACACGAGCGAGUCCACAGGCUCACAGAGCAUGUCAACGCCAUGAGGGGACUGCAGAGCAACAAGGAGCUGAAAGUAGAGCUGGACUGUGAGAAGGGCCGAGACUCCGGCGAGGAAACACAUGACUAUGAAGUAGACAUCAAUGGCCUAGAGAUCCUAGAAUGUAAAUACAAAGUGGCCGUGACAGAAGUGAUCGACCUUAAAGCUGAGAUAAAGGCCUUAAAGGAGAAAUACAAUAAAUGUGUAGAAAACUACACUGAAGAAAAGACAAAGUAUGAGACCAGGAUCCAGAGGUAUGAUGAGCAGGUGACGAACCUGGAAAAAUCAACGAAGGAAAGUUAUGAGAAAAUGGUUCACAUGGAAAAAGAGUUGCAAAGGAUGACGAGCGUAGCAAAUGAAAACCAUAAUACCCUCAACACAGCCCAGGAUGAGCUGGUGACAUUUAGUGAGGAGCUGGCUCAGCUCUAUCACCAUGUAUGUUUGUGUAAUAAUGAAACUCCCAAUAGGGUCAUGUUGGACUAUUACAGGCAAAGUAGAGUCACCCGUAGCGGGAGCCUGAAGGGACCUGAUGAUCCUAGGGGGCUCCUGUCUCCACGGCUCACCAGAAGAGGAACGGCUUCCCCAAUAGAAGCCAGGACCCCAACUGAGCAUGUUUCGAAAGAGAGCAUAGAAGCCGGCAAAGAACAAAGUCCAACCAAGACACCUACGAUUUCUCCUGUCAUCACGGCCCCUCCUUCCUCUCCCGUCUCUGACACCAGUGACAUACGCAAAGAGCCAAUGAAUAUCUACAACCUAAAUGCCAUAAUACGGGACCAAAUCAAGCACCUGCAGAAAGCUGUAGAUCGGUCACUGCAGCUGUCACGCCAGCGUGCAGCAGCACGUGAGCUGGUGCCCAUGAUUGAUAAGGACAAGGAGGCUUUAAUGGAAGAGAUACUGAAACUGAAGUCCCUGCUGAGUACAAAACGGGAGCAGAUAGCAACCUUGAGGGCAGUGUUGAAAGCCAACAAACAGACAGCUGAAGUGGCACUGGCCAAUCUGAAGAAUAAAUAUGAGAAUGAAAAAUCAAUGGUGACUGAAACCAUGACCAAACUGCGAAAUGAAUUAAAGGCUUUGAAAGAAGAUGCAGCAACCUUCUCAUCCUUGAGAGCAAUGUUUGCAACCAGGUGUGAUGAGUACGUCACACAGCUGGACGAGAUGCAAAGGCAGUUGGCAGCUGCAGAGGAUGAGAAGAAGACCUUAAACUCUCUAUUGCGGAUGGCUAUCCAGCAAAAACUUGCCCUCACCCAGCGACUGGAGGAUUUAGAGUUCGAUCACGAGCAGUCCCGACGCAGCAAAGGCAAGCUUGGAAAGAGCAAGGACAGCCGCUCUAAAGUAAGUGAGGAAGCAUCAGCCACCGUGCCAACCGUAGACACUUUCCUCCUGCAUAGUCAGGGCCCACAGCAACCAAACUUACUGGUCAGCAGUGGCACUCAGAGGAAAAGACUAUUCUCACCUUCCCCUUGUGAUCAGAGCCAUCCCAGGACUUCAGGGACCUACCUACAGAAUAUAUUAAGAGCCCCCUUUGAUCCCACCUCCAAAGAAUCAUUUCUUCUGAGGGGCCCCCCUUCCAUGAGUGAACUCAUCCAUGAGUACCGUCUCAGCAAGGAAAAAAGGUUAACCAUGGCCAUACCAGAUUAUCAGCAGCCUGCUGCCUCCAUACCACUACGCAGCUCACAACUAGCCAGUGGGCCAGACUGCCAGACUGUCAGUCCUAAUGUAGCCCUUUCAGAAGAGCAGCCACAUUCCAGCUCUCAGUGUGCCCCUCUCAACUGUCUCUCCAAACCUCCUCCUUAUCCCUAAUCUUCAGAUGCAACAUAAGUGAAAAAACAAACACACAAACUGAGUGGAGCUCACACAACAAAGGUAUAAGUUGCUCCCAAGGACCCAGUAGGCAAUCCUGCCUUGUUGCUGCAUUGACAAGUCUGGAUUCAUAUCCAACAUUUUGGCAACCGAGUGUUGGCUGAGAAGAAGAACACAAAGCACAGAGCCCUGCCUUUCAAAAAGACUUUUUAUGGUUCCUCUAAUUAUAUUCAAACUUUGCUGUCACACCUGAAGUUUAGUGAAAUUUAACAGUGUGAGAAAAUGUUCCUCCCAGCUGCUUGGCUUUACCUCUGAAAUAUUGAGAGACUUAAGCCAAUAUUUUAAAAAAUUAUGUUACAAAACCCUACUUUCACAUCCUCCAUGUUCAGCUAUAGGAACUAGUUCAGAUUUUCUUUUCUGUUGUUAAGGGUGUGAUAUUUAUUUUUACUUUAUUUGCACCAUAAUUUUGUGUUUAUAAAAUGUGGUCCUUGUUCUUUGGGUUUUGUUUUGUUUUGUUUUGUUUCUCUUUUUGGUGAGAGUUGUAUUUAAUUCAUUUUAUUUUUAAAAAACAACCAGAAAUAGCUUAAGUUAAGAAUGACUGAGUUAGUAUUUAAAAAAAAUGAUGAUUGUUAUCUUGGCCAGAGAAUAUGGCCUAUUUUUUUUAUUGCACAAAAAUAUUGAAAAUGGGGUGAAUUGGAAUGUUAACAGCGACUUUGUAUUUUGCUGGUGCACUGAUAUUGUUUAUGCACUUGUUUUCUAAUUUCUAUUACACUAGCUGCUGGUUUUGUUCUAGGUCUUCACUGGAAGCUGAUUAUUAAACCUAAAAAGGAGAUUAAAGAAUGAUGCUUUGAUUUUCAUUCAGUUAUUUGCUUGCAUUUUAAGUAUAUUUUUGCAUUUCAGACAAGUAGAUGAAUUGGUGCUUUUUCUGGGGGCGGUGGGGAGGGUUGUGUUUGGCGUCUGAGAAAGAAAAGCUAAAGCAACUUGAAGUAAAAUGUUGUGUGUUAAUUAAAAAUUUCAGUUUUUUCUCCUGCUCCCAAAUUGAGGGUACUAGUUUGAGGCCUUACCAGUGAAAGUAUAAAGAGUAAGAAUGGUGAGGUUAUAUACAUUUAGCGUGAGAUAUUCUAUAGUGAAAUAUCUCAUGCAUGUAGGGUUAAUGGCUUGGAAUGAAAUUGGCAGGAUUUUACUGUAGUGCAUUUUUUCCCUUGCCAAAUAUUAACAAAUACAGAACCUUAGCUCAUUGUCAGUUUAUGACAAAUACUCAGGUGACCUAUGGUGCACAGUGUUCCAAGUUAAAGAUUCUCUCCUCUAAAUGCUGAAUAAAGCUGUAUUGCAGAGUAGUGGAUUUUCAUAGCAAAAUGAAGGAUAGCUGAAUUUAUUUUGCACAGAAUCUGACAGCAAGGCAAGUAGCUAAAUAAGCUGUGGUGUCUUAGCACCUUUGGGCUUCUUAUCUGAUCAUCAAGAUGGAAAAAUACAAGUACUGCCCGUUUGUUGCUAAUUAGCAUACUCCUUGCUCUUGGUCAGUGGCCUUAAUUUAUAUAAAGAAGACGGGCGUUGACAUUUCCAUGUUUCUGUCUGUUUCUUCUCUGCGGUGUUAAUAUGAUCCACAAGAUGGAAUACAAAUACAGCUUACUAUUUGCAGCAAUUAAAAAAGAAAAAUUGUUGCAGAUAUAGUUGGAAUAAUUCAAUAUAACUGAAUUUGAGGAAAUGAACACUGUCCUCCAAUACUAAAAAUGCUUACCAAAUGUAAUAACGUACAGUACAUAAGUGGAGGAAAGAAUCAGUGGCCAAUCAGUGUGCCUAACAAUCAUUACCAUAGUACCAGUAAUGAAGGUGCUGUAAAUAGAAGUAUCCUAAUGUAAUCAACAAUGUACACUAUAUAACCUUGUCAGAGCCAUUGAGUUAAUGUAAUAAAACGUGUAGAAUCGGAGGUGGAGAAAAACAGAAACAAAUUCAUGUAAAAGUCUGAUCAUACCAACCUAACAACUCUUUGCACUGUUUCUAUAUACGUUUCCAAGACGUUCACAUGAUCCUUCUUGUACAGCAUUCACAUAACUAUUUAGUGCCAUACUUAACCUACUCUUCUUAUAGAAAAGUCAGAUAAAACUUGUUUAGCUUUAUCAUGCUGUUUGGCACUAAGAUUAGCUGCUAUGUAGAUUUUUAUUAAAGAACUGUUUUGUCUGGGCAAAUGUUGCCUUUAAAAAGCACCUCAGAAUACCUGAUGAUGUUAGAUCAGUAUGUUACUAUUCCUCAGUUGUAGCAUCUUUGUCCAACAAAGAUAGCUACUGCAUAUCAGUUAAGUGAGAAAAGAAUUAGCAUUGCCACACUGCAUACAGUUGCUGAAAACUGUAUUUAGAACAUUAUCUCCUGUUUUCAUAUCUAAACCAAACAUCUGUUGAAAGAACACUUCUUGCCCCUAAUUUAAAUAUAUGUUUUAGCUUUUUUUAUAUAGAUAUGAAUCUGUGGAGAAAAUACUUGUUUUGAAAUAUUCAUUCAAUAGUAUAUUCAUUUUUAAUUGUGAUUUUCAAAGUAAAAUUAGCAACUCUGAAAUACUGUACUGGUAUGGCCGUUUGGAUCAAGAGUUAUAGAAGAGUGUUCCAUGGAUUAAAAUUUUGGUCAUGUUUUACAGAAAUAAGUGUUUUUUUUUUAAAGUUUUGAUUCUCUUGUGAUGCUUUAAUUUAAUUCCUAAUCAAUUUAUAAUUUUUAAAAUAUAAUAAAGCAAGAAUAUGUGCUUGAAAUUUAAGAGAUCUAGGAAAGAACCAACUUAAAUGUAAAAAUGACUGGUUAUUGCAUUGUAAGAAAUAAAGCUUUGUAGGCCCCA